GGCCGUGGUAGGAACGUGGGUGGCGGUGGCUGUUUAGAGGCGCAUGAGCCGAGGGGAUGUUGCCGAGGUGGCGACGUCUGCUGCCCUUGAGCCCGGCGAGGGGCGGUGAUCUCCCGGCCUGCCUUUUCUUCCUGCUGCUCUGCUCGUCUCCAGGCACCUGCCUACGACACGCAUCUGGGGGCGGAAGGACCCCGGGGCCCCCUGUCUUGCUGGUGCCAGGGGAUUUGGGUAACCAGCUAGAAGCGAAAUUGGACAAACCUUCUGUAGUUCAUUAUGUCUGCUCCAAGAAGACGGACAGUUACUUCACAUUGUGGCUGAACUUAGAACUGCUUCUUCCUGUGAUCAUUGACUGCUGGAUUGAUAAUAUCAGGCUGCUGUACAAUCGAACAAGCGGAACCACUGGACCACCCAAUGGGGUGGAUAUCAAAGUCCCUGGAUUUGGGCAAACGUUUGCCUUGGAAUUCCUUGACCCAAGUAAAAGAAGUGUUGGCACCUACUUUUAUACCAUUGUGCAGCAUCUGGUAAACAUGGGCUAUCAGCGGGAUUACGACAUCAGAGGUGCUCCCUACGACUGGCGGAAGGCACCAAAUGAGAACAGAGACUACUUCGUGGCUCUCCGGAAGCUGAUAGAGACAAUGUACGAAGCGUUUCAAGAACCAGUGGUCUUAAUUGCCCAUAGUAUGGGGAAUAUGUACACUCUGUACUUCCUCAGCCAUCAGCCUCAAGAUUGGAAGGACAAGUACAUAAGGGACUUUGUGUCUCUGGGUGCUCCGUGGGGAGGUGUGGCUAAAACCCUCCGUGUAUUGGCAUCAGGAGACAACAACAGGAUCCCUGUCAUCAGCUCCCUUAAGAUCCGGGACCAACAGAGAUCUGCCGUUUCCACCAACUGGCUCCUGCCUUACAACUACACGUGGCCACCCACCAAGGUCUUUGUCAGCACUCCGACUGCCAACUACACUCUUCAGGAUUUCCAGAAGUUCUACACAGACAUCGGCUUUGAAGACGGCUGGUUCAUGAGAAAGGAGACUGAAUCCCUCGUCUACGAGAUGCCUCCCCCGGGGGUGCGCAUACACUGCCUUUACGGCACCGGGGUAGAAACCCCUGACUCGUUCUUCUAUGAAACCUUCCCAAACAAGGAGCCAAAGAUAUUCUACGGCGACGGUGACGGAACAGUGAAUGUGGAGAGUGCCUUGCAUUGCCAGAAGUGGGUGGGGAAGCAGGAGCAAAAGGUGAUCCUUCACCAGCUCCCAGGAAGCGAGCACAUAGAGAUGCUUUAUGAUGCCCAUACCAUUUCCUAUGUAGAAGAGGUUCUCUUUGGCUCGUGACACAGAGCGGGAGUUCCCAUUUUAUUCAGAACUGGGGGACAGGGGUGUAUUCAAAGCAGGGGAGUGUCCUUUUUUCGGCUCCCUCUUUUAAAAUCCCAUUUACUAGACUGGCUGGGAAGCUGCUUUGAUUUUGAGGUUCAUUUGUCUUGGAUUAGUGUUCGUGCUUGGGCCAACACCCUCGCGCGAAUGUCGGUUCACAUGAGGAAUGUGCUGCUCUCCGGUCUCCAGAUGUGGGGAGAUUUCUCCCUUUCCAUAUAUCUUGAGCCGUAACGUGAGGGGAGAGGUUUUUAGAGUGCACGGGCUGCCCGGUCCGCUUCAUCGGUCCUGGGAGGGAAGUCUGUUACAAAGUGAAGUCCCAGCAGCAGGUGUGACAAACCCACACAAACGUUAAUACUACCGUAGCUUAGCCACGUUCAGCCAGACCCGUUGGCGGAUCUUCUAGUGCUGAGCAGAUUAUUUUCCUUGGUCUUUACCUGAGAAGUAGAACGAAAAUUCAGAGGCUGUGAAUCGUGAUGUCUCAAGUAAUACUCAACCUAGGCGGAGUUCACCGCUUGGAGGGAGGCUGUAGCACUGCAGAUUUUCAGGUGAGAUGAUUCACAAUCUUAGAGGGGGCUCUGUGCCUUGCUGAGAGCAGUUGGGAGCCACUAGGAAUACUCGAUCUUUGCUGCAUCCAAAGGUCUGGGUGAUAGCAAACACUCUUCCAGCCAGAUGUGAUCCCCCAAAUGCAGGCUACCUUCCAGAUGUAUUCCUCUAAGUUGCUCUUGUUGGUGGAGGCUUUUUAUGGAAUUAAAAGGUCUUGUGGAGAGCUAAUUCUUUCCAGAAAUCUUGCAAGUUCAUAGGUUGGAAUCUCUUUUCCUUGUUAAUUCAGCGCUCUUCCGCAAGGUUCUUACAGAAGGAGAAACAGAAGAGUGAAACAACAGGGCAUGCUGGUUAACUCAUGCUGUAGUCCAAGGGCUGUAAUACGCAGCCAGAGUCUUGUGACGUGUUUGUAGAUAAAGCCCUGUCCAGGCAGUGAGAAGUCUGUGUUGGCCUUGCAUUCUUGUCUGCCCGUGAGCUGACGGUUCUAUCCCGUACAAAUGGUUUUCAGAAUCUGUACACGUUCCUGCUAAUCUUCUAACGAAAAGCUCACUUCCAGAAAAACCAGAAAACAAAACCGGAGCCUGACAGCUACAAAGCAGAAGCAGACCUCCCUCCCUGGCUGUGGAAUAUGGUUUGCUUCAUGGUGUUGUGAGCCUUAAAAGCACAAAAAGGGAAAGUUGUUUCAAUCAAUGACUACACAGGACAAUAGGAGAGGGGGCGGUUUUCCUUUGAAGCUUGUUCUAAAACCCAGUCGGAGGCUAGAUUUACUGUGGAAGUUUUGAUUCAUUCUGAGUAAGUUAUGGUCAUUCUGGUUCCUUCAGUCAGCCAGGAAGUGAAGCAACAGUCGUGGACGCACUCUGGUGUUCAUCGUCGUCAGGGCUCAUCCUGGCCUAACUGUUGGAGCGGGGUGGAGCGAUUGCUCGCAGGCCGCACAUGGAGUGCUGUUACUGGUCUUGAGCCAUUUUACCUCAAGCUUUAAGGUUGUCCAGAUCUCUGACGUUACGAAGUGUUGCUACAAAUGCACUAUCUUUAGCAUAGUUGUGGUCCUCUUAGAAACCAAGAUAGUUAGGUUCAGUGUGUGUUUCUUGCCUUACGAAAUGCGCAGUCUUGUUCAGUUUCCUGUCCCUCAGCAACUGAUGUAAGCAAAGCGACAACCGUCAGCUCUGUGGAUGUGCACAAGGAGCUGUGCGUGUUCUUCCACCAGAUAUACUUUCACACCUGGCCAAUGCCUUUGAAUGGUCAACAUAAAACUGGCCUGGUUGUGAUUGUAUUUCUUAAGCAGACCACGAUCUGUCUUUUUGUCUAAGAUGGUCUCCAUCUGACUUGUGCAGCUUCAGGGUACCAAUGUAUUCAGUGCCACGCUGUGAGGCAGAGCUUGUGUUAUACAUGGAGCUGUUUGAUUUUUGGCCUCAGCCGAUCCAAAGGUUAAGUCUGCAAGUCCAGUACCCUGACAGCUUUCGUGUUGGGCUCUGAAAGCUGGUGUUGAUGUCCUGGUGGGAAGGUGGGUGGAUAUCUAUUGCUGGAAACAAGGAGGUAACUUUUUUUUUUAGCCAUUUGCUGAUUGUGCCUUGGCAGAAU